AUGUUGGAGGAUCAGGUGGCGUAUCUCUUGCAGAGGUACCUGGGGAACUAUGUUAGAGGGCUCAGCAAAGAAGCCCUCAAGAUCAGUGUAUGGCAAGGUGAUGUAGAAUUAACAAAUAUGCAACUGAAACCCGAGGCACUAAAUGCAUUGAAAUUACCGGUGAAAGUUAAGGCAGGUUUUCUGGGAUCAGUGAAGCUUAAGGUUCCAUGGAGCAGGCUGGGCCAAGAUCCUGUUCUGGUUUAUCUGGAUCGUAUCUUUUUAUUGGCUGAGCCUGCAACACAGGUUGAAGGAUCUACAGAGGACUCCAUUCAAGAAGUUAAAAGGAAUCGAAUACGAGAAAUGGAAAUGAAGUUGUUGGAGAGCCAACAGCUCCUGAAUUCGGAAAUGAACAAGUCUUGGAUCGGGUCUUUAAUCAAUACGGUGAUUGGGAAUUUAAAGCUUUCUAUUUCUAACAUCCACAUCAGAUACGAAGAUAUUGAGAGUAAUCCAGGCCACCCAUUUGCAGCUGGCGUGAUGUUGGAUAAACUCUCAGCAUUUACAGUUGAUGAUAAUGGGGAGGAAACUUUUAUAACUGGAGGUGCAUUGGAGCGAAUCCAGAAGUCUGUGCAACUUGAACGAAUGGCUAUCUAUCUGGAUUCUGAUGUAAGUCCGUGGCACAUUGAAAAACCGUGGGAGGACUUGUCACCGUCCGAAUGGGGACAGAUUUUUGAAUUUGGUACAAAAGGUGGGAAACCUGCAGCUGAUAAUUUGGGAAAACACUCAUAUGUUUUGGAACCAGUAAGUGGAAAUGCUAAGUAUUCAAAGGAGCGUUCUGAUGCAUCAAGAAGAAAAGGUCAACCACUGCAGAAUGCUGCAGUAAAUCUGGAUGAUGUGACUGUGUGCUUGUCAAAAGCUGGGUAUCACGACUUGUUGAAAUUAGCUGAUAAUUUCACUGCCUUCAAUCAGAGACUAUAUUAUGCUCACUAUCGUCCACGUUUGACUGUAAAAAGUGAUCCGAGAUCAUGGUGGAAGUAUGCUUUUAGGGCAGUUAUGGAUAAAAAGAAGAAGGCCAGUGGAAUGUUGUCGUGGGAGCAAGUCCUGCGAUAUGCUAAAUUGCGUAAGAGAUACAUUUCUCUGUAUGCUGCGCUGCUCAAAUCAGAUAUUAACCGUGCUGUAGUUGAUGACAAUGAAGAAAUAGAAGGACUUGACCGGGAACUUGAUAUAGAUGUUAUUCUUCAAUGGAGGAUGUUGGCCCAUAAGGUUGUGGAGCAAUCAUUGGGAUCAGAAAAAUACCUAAAAGAGCAAAAGGCCAAGAAAUCGUGGUGGUCAUUUGGAUGGACUACUCAAACUAGCAAAGAUGAAAAUGAACCUGGUACUCUGACUGAGGAAGAUUGGAAGAGAUUGAAUGAUAUUAUUGGGUACAAGGAAGGUGAUGAUGAACAACUACUGACCCACGGCGAUAUGAAUUUGCCAUAUAUUUCAUUGAGCCUUCACAUGAAGCAUAAUGCAUCGAAGCUAACUGACUCCCAGGAGUGCCUUGCUGACUUAUCCUGCGAUAAUCUCGAGUGUUGCAUAAAACUGUAUCCAGAAGCAAAAAUUGUCGAUAUAAAAUUGGGAUCAUACAGAUUACUGUCCCCGAAAGGUCUUCUUGCUGUGAGCGAAACUGUUUCUAAUUCAUUGGUUGCUGCGUUCUGCUAUAAACCACUUGAUGUGGAUGUGGACUGGAGCCUGGUUGCUAAAGCUUCACCCUGUUAUGUGACUUAUAUGAAGGAUUCCGUUAACCAAAUCAUCGACUUCUUUGAAAGUAGUGCGACUGUAAGCGAGACUCUAGUCCGGGAAACGGCUUCUGCAGUUCAAAUGACAAUUGAUGAAGUCAAACGCACAGCGACGAAACAAGUGAACAGAGCAUUGAAGGAGCGUGCGAGGUUUUUCUUGGACUUGGAUAUUGCGGCGCCCAAAAUAACUAUUCCCACCGACUUCUCUCCUGAUGGUGUCCACCCUACCAGGCUUCUGAUAGACUUGGGAAAGUUAGUGAUACGUUCUCAGGAUAAUGCUGAAUAUGUUACACCUGAAGAGAUGAAUGUGUAUUCGCAAUUUGAUUUGGUUUUGAGAGAUGUAUCGGCUUUCCUGGUUGAUGGUGAUUAUCGCUGGAACCAAGCUUCUUUAAAGAGACCUGAUGGUUCAUUGAAGGCUGCCUUUGUCAGCUACCUACCAGUUAUCGACAGAUGUGCAGUAUUUCUAAAGCUUCAGCAGAUUAUAUCACCAGUUGCCUCUUUCCCGUCAACAAGGCUUGCCAUGCGGUUACCUUCCAUAGGGAUUCAUUUUUCUCCAUCUUGUUAUCAUCGCUUAAUGCAAGUUGUUAAAAUUUUUCAAGGGGAUGAUGCUGACCAUCCUGAUCUUGUCCGUCCUUGGGAUGAAGCUGAUUUCUCAGGCUGGCUGUAUCAGCUGGCACGGAAGGGUGUUGGAGGCAGAGAUGCAGUAUGGCAAAGGAGAUAUUUUUGUGUAGUUGGACCAUUGCUUUAUGUGUUAAAGGACCCUGAAUCAAGAAAUUAUAAACAAUGCUACAGCCUACGUGGUAAACAUCUAUAUCGACUUCCAUCUGAUUUACUUGGAGAUGUGGAACAUGUGUUGGCUGUUGGUGAUUCUGAGAGUCCCAAUGUCAAGGUUGUGGAAGAUGCAAAUUCCGUAAUUUUGCGCUGUGGCUCCGAGAGUUCUUUGAGGACAUGGCAAAGCUACCUUCAGGGUUCCAUUUAUCGAGCAUCGGGAAAUGCUACUUUAACUGGUCUAAUUGAAACCUUGUCGAAUUCAGAAAGCUCUGAACCUAGCAGUCAUGAUUCAACAAAUUCUCCUAUGACAGAAAAGUUAUUUUUAACUGGUGUGCUUGAUGAGUUGAAGAUAAGUUUCAGUUACUCGAGCAUGCGCGAUCAAAGUUUUAUGAAGAUGCUUCUUGCUGAUGAGAAGCGUUUGCUUGAGUUUCGAGCAAUUGGUGGACACGUGGAGCUUUCAAUUAGAGAGAAUGAUAUCUUCAUUGGCACAGUCCUUAAAGCAUUGGAGGUAGAAGAUUUAGUUUGCCGCAAGGGAACAUCUCAGCUCUAUAUUGCAAGAUCUUUCAUCACGAACGUCGCAGCCCCUUCUCUAUUGGAGAAUUCUGUUAGUAUAACACAUGAAAGUAGUGAUUUCAACCAGUCUGAAGGAGAUGAUGAGUUUUACGAGGCGCCUGAGGAUCUUAGUGAUUUAGCUGGUAGCCCCAUGUCACCAGAUGAUGAAAUGAAGGCUAUGAGUUCUGGAAGUAUUACACAAUCAGAAAACAACGAUUCAAAAGCACCUAGUUUUACGCGUGUUGCUGGUGUCCUACCGCGUGAUGCUACUCGUAUGGAAGCUGGUCAGGAGGGAGUUACAGAUGCAUUAGGCAGUUUUGUCAAAGCUCAAAUAAUUAUUUUCGACCAGCACUCUCCACUCUAUUCUAGUGUUGAUACAAAAGUGGUAGUCACACUCUCCACUUUGUCAUUUUACUGUCGUAGACCUACAAUACUAGCCAUUAUGGAAUUCGUAAAUUCUAUUAACAUUCAGGAGGAUGAAUGUGAACCUCUUAGUGAUACAUCUUCAACAUCUGCUGUACAACAUGAUACAUUCAAGGAAAUUUUGACUGAUGGUGUACCCUCAGUUCCAAUGGAGGAGCGUGUUGUUAAAUCUUUACUAGGAAAGGGGAAAUCGAGAGUGGUUUUCUAUUUACGGUUGAAUAUGGCUCGUGCUGAGAUAUUCUUGAUGAUGGAAAAUGAGAAUCAACUUGCUACUUUGGCACAGGAUAAUCUUCUUACUGAUAUUAAGGUGUUUCCUUCAUCUUUUAGUAUAAAGGCAUUCCUCGGGAAUCUUAGGAUAAGCGAUGACAGUCUUCCUAGUAGUCAUAACUAUUUCUGGGCCUGUGACAUGCGGAAUCCUGGAGGAAAUUCCUUUGUGGAGUUGAAAUUUUGUUCGUUUAGUGCCAACGAUGAUGACUAUGAGGGUUAUGACUAUAGCCUCCUUGGGAAACUGUCUGAAGUGCGAAUUGUCUAUUUGAAUCGGUUUCUUCAAGAGGUUAUCGGUUACUUUAUGGGUCUUGUUCCUGCCAAUAACAAAGAUGUUGUCCAAAUAGAAGAUCAAGUGACAAACUCGCAGAAGUGGAUUACACGAAGUGAAAUUGAAGGUUCGCCUGCAGUGAAGUUGAAUGUUUCACUUAAAAAGCCAAUCAUAGUAAUGCCUCAGAGAACGGAUAGCUUAGAUUAUUUGAAACUUGACGUGGUUCAAAUCACUGUUCAGAAUACCUGUAGAUGGUUUGGUGGGAGCAAAAGCGAUAUCAAGGCAGUCCACAUGGAUAUUUUAGAAGUCCGGGUUGAAGAUAUCAACUUAAAUGUGGGCUCAGGAUCAGAAUUGGGUGAAAGCAUAAUUCAAAAUGUCAAGGGUGUUUCCUUUGUCAUUCAGAGAUCACUCCGCGACUUGCUGCACCAAGUUCCAAGUUUAGAAGUUGCCAUCACGAUUGAAGAGCUGAAAGCAGCUUUAUCCAACAAAGAGUACGAAAUUAUCAUAGAAUGUGCACAAGCUAAUAUUUCAGAGAGCCCAAAUGUUGUCCCUUCAUUGGAAAAUGUAUCAGUGUCCCCUUUUGUUGAUGUGGGAGGUCACACUGUUGCUCAAGGAUUGGAUCAUGCGAGGUCUGAAACUCAGGCAAGGGAGAUAGUGGUGGCAACAGUGAUCUCUGUCCGUAUUGUUAUGGUCGAACUUCGUCUUCAUUAUGGUGUCACAACUGAUGCAUCACUCGCCAUUCUUCAGGUUGUGAGUGGAAUGUGGCUUUUGUACAAAUCUAACACGGUGGGGGAAGGUUCUCUGUCAGCCACGCUGAAGGAUUUGAUUGUUGUUGAUGAUCGUGAAGGCACAGAAAAAGAGCUUAGGUUGGCCAUUAGGAAGCCUGAUAUAAAUGGAGACAAUUUUUCUGACUCUGUGCCUGAGAACAUGGAUCAUGAUGUUGAGAACAAUCUCUUGGUGGACGACGCUAAAAAGUAUACUCCAGCAGUUCUAAUUUUUGAUGCCACAUUUAAUGAAAAAUCAACAUUUCUUUCUUUGUGCAUCCAAAGGCCACAGCUGCUUGUUGCACUAGAUUUUUUGCUCGCAAUAGUUGAGUUUUUUGUCCCAACAUUUCGUGGUGAAACAUCGGAUGAGAACGCUAACCCGUCACAUUUUCUCGAUGCUCUCAUACUUGACCAGCCAGUUUUCAAUCAACCCUCUGCAGAAUUCUCAAUAUCCCCUGAGAAACCUUUGGUUGUUGAUGAUGAAAGAUUUGACCUUUUUGUAUAUGAUGGAAGAGGUGGGAUUUUGUAUCUGAAAGACAGGCAAGGGUUGAAUCUAUCAUGUCCAAGUAGGGAAGCUUUGGUUUAUGUGGGGAAUGGAAAGAAAUUACAAUUCAGAAAUGUUACAGUGAGAAAUGGAACAUAUUUUGACUCAUCCAUUUUGCUGGGCGCCAACAGCAGCUAUUCAGCUAAUGAAAAGGAUAAUGUAUACUUAGAGGGGGAAAGAGGAAGCCCUUCUGAUAACUCUGAUGGGAGGAACAUUACUGCUGUGGCAUCAGCAAAUGGUACUUUGGGCAGCUCAACAGAAUUGAUAUUUGAAUUGCAGGCUAUUGGUCCGGAGCUCACCUUCUACAAUAAAUCAAGAAAUGCAGGACAACAUAUUAUGUCUAACAAACUGUUGCAUGCCCAAAUGGACACAUUCUGCAGGCUUAUUUUGAACGAUAAUACUGUAGAAAUGAGCACAGAAGUUGUUGAUUUGACCAUGGAAAGCAAUGGCAUCACUAUUUUGGAGCCCUUUGACGCAUCUAUAAAAUUUUCCAGUGCUUCUGGAAAGACAAGCCUGCAGUUGGUUGUUUCAGAUAUAUUCAUGAAUUUUUCAUUCAGCAUCUUGAGGCUAUUCUUAGCUGUCGAAGAGGAUAUUUUAUCCAUCUUAAGAACGACAUCAAAGAAAUCAACUGUUUUAUGUUCUGAAUUUGACAGGAUUGGAACCAUCAAAAGUCCUGUAAGUGACCAUGUUUAUGCAUUCUGGAGACCUCGAGCACCAACUGGUUUCGCUGUACUUGGUGACUAUUUGACACCGAUUGAUAAGCCACCUACAAAAGGUGUAAUUUCUGUCAAUACCAGCUUAAUACGAGUGAAGAAACCAAAAUCUUUCACGCUCGUAUGGCCUCAUUCUUCUCGCAGUGACAUCCUGCAGACUGAAGGAGUAGGUAGUUCUGAGUUGGCUAAAAAUGAAGGCAGCUCCGACGGGGACACAACAUGCUCAAUUUGGUUGCCUGAAGCCCCAAAUGGUUAUGUAGCAUUGGGUUGUGUAGUUUCUCCUGGAUGGGAACAACCUUCAAUUUCGUCAGUGUUUUGUAUCUCGGCAUCUUUGGUUUCCCCUUGUGGUCUGAGAGAUUGUGUCAGUAUUGGAUCAAACGUUGGAUGUCCGGACAUCGCUUUCUGGCGGGUGGAUAAUGCCUUUGGAACGUUCCUGCCUGCUGAUCCUGCUACGAUGAAUCUGACUCAGGGAGCAUAUGAAUUGAGACAAUUGUACUUUAGGUUACCAGAAAUUUCUCCCGACAAACUGAUAGGAUUUGAAAAGCAAACGUCUACAUCAGCUGGGGACGACGUUAUUCAGUCAGAAAGUUCAUCUACAGUAAAUUCUAGACGGAGGAUUGAAGCGGUUGCUACCUUUCGAUUAAUAUGGUGGAAUCAGGGCUCUGGAUCAAGGAAAAAGAUAUCCAUCUGGCGUCCUGUGGUCCCAGAAGGAAUGGUGUAUUUCGGUGAUAUCGCUGUUCAAGGGUAUGAGCCUCCAAAUACUUGUGCAGUUUUCCAAGAAUCAGAAGAUAACGAUCUGUUUAUAGCGCCUUCUGAUUUUCAACCAGUUGGACAUGUAAAAAGACAAAGGAAAGUGGAUAGCAUAUCUUUCUGGAUGCCUCGGGCUCCUCCAGGUUUUGUUACAUUAGGGUGUAUUGCUUGCAAAGGCAAGCCCAAGCAAUCUGAUUUUAUCUCUUUACGGUGCAUUCGCGCUGAUAUGGUCUCAACAGAUCAUUUUUUGGAUCAAAGUGUAUGGGAUUUAUCUGAUUCCAAGUUUGUAAGAGCGCCAUUUAGCAUAUGGACAGUUGGCAAUGAAUUUGGCACCUUCAUUGUCGGGAAUGGUUUAAAAAAACCUCCUAAACGGUUUGCAUUGAAGCUCAGUGGACGAGACACGCCAAACAGUUCUGAUGAUACUGUGAUUGAUGCAGAAAUAAGGACCUUUUCUGCAGCACUUUUUGAUGACUAUGGUGGCUUGGUUGUCCCAUUGUGUAAUAUAUCUUUGAGUGGCAUUGGAUUCAGCCUGCAUGGAAGACCUGAUUUGUUGAAGUCGAGUGUGACCUUCUCUUUGGCUGUGAGAUCGUACAAUGAUAAGUAUGAUUCGUGGGAGCCUCUUGUUGAACCAGUUGAUGGAUCAUUGAGGUACCAAUAUAAUCCAAAUACUCCUGGUGUAGCUUCUGAGCUUCGUGUUGCUUCUACUAGAGAUUUGAAUUUGAACUUGUCUGUCUCCAACGCCAAUACAAUUUUACAAGCAUAUGCAAGCUGGAACAAUCUUAGCCAUGUCCAAGAAAUACACGAGGAAGCAAGUUCUCCGACUAGUAAUUCUGUAUCUCUCACUGCUGUACAUCAAAAGCGAAGUUACUACAUUGUUCCUCAAAAUAAGCUUGGGAAAGACAUUUUCAUCAGGGCGUCUGCAGUCAAGGGACUUCCUGACAUAAUUCAAAUGCCGGCAGGAGAUAGAAAAGCUCUAAAACUGCCAGCUCCGAAGAACAUGCUUGAUUCUCAUUUGAAAGGAUGUCUUCUUCAGAAACGGCGUAUGAUGGUAACUGUCAUUGUAGCUGAAGCAGAGCUCCUGAAGCCAGAAGGCUUGGGCUCCCGUCAGUACAAUGUUGGAAUUCGGGUUUAUGAUGAUCAGAGUCACCCUAGCCAAUCACACCUAAAUCAACAAUUUGCACGAACUCGUGGAACUGGAUCAGAUGACUCUGAAUCUUCAGAUGUUGAAUUUGUGAAGUGGCAUGAAGUAUUUUUCUUCAAAGUCGACUCAGUGGAUUGCAGCAUGCUGGAACUAACCGUCCAUGAGAUUGGGAGAGGUGAGCCAGUUGGCUGCUAUAGUGCUUGUCUGAAUAAUGUGACUGGGUCUGAAAGCAAUCCUGAAUCCGACAAUGGUCGAUGUGGUUUUAUUUGGCUAGAGUUGUCUUCUGGAGAAUCUCCGCAUGAUGACAGAUGCAGGAAAAUUGGUAGAGUCAGAUGUGCUGUGUUGUUGCCACAAAGAUCUGAAAGUGAGAAUUUUGAAAAAGCAGAUGGUGGGAAUAGACAAUUUGGUUCGAUUCAGAUUAGCCCAUCUGCGGAUGGGCCAUGGACCAUAGUAAGGUUAAAUUAUGGUUCACCUUCAGCAUGUUGGCAAUUAGGCAAUGAUUUAGUUGCAAGUGAAGUGAGCGUAAAUGAUGGAAACAGAUAUGUCAGCAUCAGAUCCCUUGUAUCCGUCCGUAACAACACUGAUGUUACUCUAGAUUUUUGCCUCAGUCUUGAGUCUGCAAAUGGUGGAAACUUAGGAGAUGAUAAAAGGAAUGGUAGCCCAUCUCAUGGAAGUGACUUUGCAACAGAUGAGUCGAAAGUAGUUGUUGGGCCCAUACAACCUGGGGACACAGCACCUCUUCCUUUGCCUUGCCUAUCUCAGUCUGCCUUGUAUGUAUUGCAUCUAAAACCUUCAAAUUUGGGAGAUGAUAACUAUUCUUGGAGUUCUGUGGUGGAUCUGCCUGCUCAGUCACAGGAUGUGGAGAGUUCGAAAGAAGUUCGAGAAAUUUGUAUUUCAUCUCUGUCAGAGUCUGAGAAGCUCUUGUAUUGCCCCGAAACUAGUGGAAGUUCAUCAAAUAGUUCACGUGGUGUGUGGUUUUGCUUGAGCAUCCAAGCAACUGAAAUUGCAAAGGACAUUCAUUUUAAUCCAAUACAGGACUGGACAAUUGUGGUUAAGGCUCCUGUAUCAAUAACUAACUAUCUCCCUCUUAUGGCUGAAAUUUCUCUUCUUGAAAUGCAAGCCAGUGGUCAUUUUCUUUCCUGUUAUAGAGGGUUAUCUCAUCCUGGAGAGAGUGUCAACGUGUAUAAUGUUGACAUAAGAAAUCCUUUAUACUUCUCUUUGCUUCCGCAAAGAGGAUGGCUGCCAAUACAUGAAGCUGUUCUUCUGUCCCAUCCUACUGAUCCACCAUCAAAGACAAUAAGCUUAAGAAGUUCAGUUUCUGGAAGGAUUGUUCAACUCAUUCUUGAGCAUAACAAUACCAAUGAACAUUCUCUACAGCCAAGGAUCAUUAAAGUGUACUCGCCAUAUUGGUUUGGAAUUGCAAGAUGCCCACCCCUUGCUUUCAAGCUUGUAGAUAUCGGUGCUAAGAGAGUGAAGAAGAAUCCAUUGUCUUUUCACACCAAAAGGGUAAAAGAAGUCAUUCUUGAGGAAAUUACCGAGGAGGAGAUGCGUGAAGGUUAUACGAUUGCAUCUGCAUUGAACUUCAAAUCUCUGGGUCUCUCUGCAUCUAUAGGUCAAUCUGGAGGGGAGCAAUUUGGCCCUGUUAAAGAUCUUACUCCGCUAGGGGACAUGGAUGGCUGCCUGGACCUUUUUGCUUAUAAUGCUGAUGGCAGUUGUAUGCAACUAUUUGUAUCGUCAAAACCUUGCCCCUACCAAUCCAUCCCGACUAAGGUUAUCUCUGUUCGACCAUUCAUGACUUUUACAAACAGAGUUGGUCAAAAUUUGUUAUUGAAGUUCAGCAGUGAAGAUGAACCUAAGACGUUGAGGGUAUCUGAUACAAGAGUCUCCUUCGUGCACCGAAAAACAGAUGGUCCUAAUAAAAUUCAGGUGCGUGCCCAUGAUACAGAUUGGUCAUUUCCCAUUGAAAUAGUGAAGGAGGACACUUUCAAUCUGUCCUUGAAGAAACGUGACGGCACUCGAAGAUUCUUACGAACAGAAAUUCGAGGAUAUGAGGAGGGUUCUCGCUUUAUAGUUGUAUUUCGCCUGGGAUCUGUUAAUGGUCCUAUCAGGAUUGAGAACAGAACAAGGAACAAGGCCAUGAGGGUUCGACAAGCUGGAUUUGGCGAUGAUGCAUGGAUUCUUUUAGAGCCACUUUCAACAGCAAACUUUUGUUGGGAAGAUCCAUAUGGCCAAAGAGUUAUCGAUGUUGAAGUCUAUGCUGGUGAUGAUAUUGGGAGUUACAAGUUUGAUUUGGAUAAAGCAGGGCUCUCCUCAGUUGAUGAGUACUCUAGUUUAUUUCUCCAUGUUGCGAACGAAGGUGACAUCAAGGUUGUUAGAUUCGUUGAUCUUCAUGGACUACUUCCAAGAUCUAGAGAAGCGAGUGGAUCGCUAAUGCUGGAGGGGAAUCGGGGAAACACUCGUAUCCAGGCUAAGAUGCCGGACCCUGAUCAAAAAUCACCUUUGGAACUUAUAGUUGAGCUUGGCGUUAUUGGUAUUUCUGUUGUAGACCAUAGACCAAGAGAGAUUGCUUACUUCUACAUGGAGAAAUUGUUUAUUUCAUAUUCGGCUGGCUAUGAUAGUGGGACAACAAGCAGGUUCAAGCUUGUCCUUGGUUACCUGCAGCUAGACAAUCAGCUACCUCUGACAGUUAUGCCGGUCCUUCUGGCACCGGAACAGACACCUGAUGUGCAUCAUCCAGUGUUUAAGAUGACUAUAACCAUACGUAAUGAAACCCUUGAUGGUCUUCAGAUCUACCCAUAUAUUUAUAUACGAGUAAUUGAUAAGAGUUGGAGGCUUAGUAUCCAUGAACCAAUCAUCUGGGCUCUGGUAGAUUUCUACAAUAAUCUCCAACUAGAUCGCUUUCCUCAAAAUUCCCAGGUCACUCAAGUCGAUCCUGAAAUACGUGUGGACUUGAUCGACAUUUCUGAGGUAAGACUGAAGGUUUCUCUGGAGACAGCCCCUGCUCAAAGACCUCAUGGACUUCUGGGUGUAUGGGGUCCGGUUCUUUCAGCUAUUGGGAACACAUUUAAGAUUCAGGUUCAUCUUCGGAAAGUAACACAUAGAGAUAGAUUUCUGCGGCAGAGUACUGUGAUUUCUGUCAUUGGAAACCGCAUUUGGAGAGAUCUUGUCCAUAAUCCAUUACAUUUGAUUUUUUCCGUUGAUGUGCUCGGCAUGGCAAGCUCCACCUUGGCUUCUCUUAGCAAAGGUUUUGCUGAGCUCUCAACUGAUGGACAAUUCCUGCAGCUCCGCUCGAAGCAGGUGUGGUCAAGAAGGAUUACUGGUGUUGGUGAUGGAAUUGCACAAGGAACUGAAGCUCUUGCACAAGGUGUUGCUUUUGGAAUAUCUGGGGUAGUGCGGAAACCAAUGGAGAAUGCUAGGCAAAAUGGUCUUCUUGGCCUAGCCCAUGGGCUUGGACAGGCUUUCCUGGGAUUUUUGGUACAGCCAGUGAGUGGAGCAUUAGAUUUUUUUUCUUUGACUGUUGAUGGGAUUGGUGCAAGUUGCUCCAGGUGCUUAGAGAUUCUUAAUAACAAAAGAGACUUCGAAAGGACACGAAAUCCACGGGCAUUUCGUGCUGACCAUGUACUAAGAGAUUAUUCUGAAAGAGAAGCACUUGGUCAGAUGAUACUGUACCUUGCAGAAGCCAGUCGGAAUUUUGGGUGCACAGAAAUAUUCAAAGAGCCAUCAAAAUUUGCCUGGUCGGAUUGCUAUGAGGAGCAUUUUACGGUACCCUAUCAGCGCAUUGUUUUGGUGACUAAUAGGCGAGUGAUGCUGCUGCAGUGUGUGGCCCCUGAUAAGAUGGAUAAAAAGCCCUGCAAAAUAUUGUGGGAUGUACCAUGGGAAGAAAUCAUGGCACUGGAACUUGCUAAAGCAGGCCAUCCUAUCCCUUCUCACUUAAUCAUUCAUCUAAAAUGCUUCAAGAGAGGUGAGAGCUUUGUCAGAGUAAUAAAGUGCAGCAGCAUGCCCGAGGAAAGACAAUCACAAGCCGUCAAAGUCUGCUCAGUCGUAUAUAGGAUGUGGAAGGCACACCAGAAUAAUCUGAAACAGUUGCCCUCAAGCCAAAGGCAUGUCCUAUUUACAUGGAGUGAUGUAGAUGCCAGAGAAUGUCACAAACAGCACAGAGCCAUUAUCACCUCAGCUGAGAUUUCUUGUACGAGUUCUAUUUCGACCACACAAAAAUUUGUCCAGCACAGUAUCAACUUUUCUAGGAUUUGGAGCAGUGAGCGAGAGUCCAAAGGUCGGUGCUCUUUGUGCCGAAAACAGGGUUUGGAAAGUGGCGAAAUUUGUAGCAUCUGGCGGCCAGUUUGUCCUGAUGGGUAUGUCUCAAUUGGGGAUGUAGCUCGUUGUGGCUGUCAUCCUCCUACAGUUGCCUCAAUAUAUCGUAACUCUGAGGAACUGUUUGUGCCCCCAGUGGGUUAUGACCUGGUCUGGAGAAAUUGUGUGGAUGACUACAAGAGUCCCGUCUCGAUUUGGCAUCCUCGUGCGCCCGAGGGGUACUUUUCUCUCGGAUGUGUAGCUGUGCCGAGCUUUGAAGAGCCGGAGAUUGACUCUGUGUACUGUGUAGCUGAAUCUUUGUGUGAGGAGACAACAUUUGAAGAACAAAAGAUUUGGUGGGCCCCAGAUUCGUAUCCGUGGGCAUGCCAUAUUUAUCAAACGCGUAGUGAUGCUCUUCAGUUUGUUGCCUUAAGACAACCUCGUGAAGAAUCUGACUGGAAGCCUAAAAGGGUAAUUGUCGACCCACAGCGGUCGUACUAA